ACUGUACAAAGAGGAAGAAUACUUCUAGUUCGUAGGAAAGCAACUAGCUGUUUACUUUAGUACAUAGUCUGAAUAAGGUGUGAACUGGUGAUAGUGGUUCAGUGUAACGGAAGGCCUGUACCAUGUUCAAACGAAAUAAAGAUAAAGACAAAGAUAAGGAAAAGAAGAAAGUAGUUAGUCGUGAUCGUAAAGGAUCCAUAGCUCCGCCUUCAAACAGUGUCACGCACGAUGAAUCGAGAAUUAAGAGUCCUACACCCUCCCAAUCAAGUGGGUCUAAAACGGGUAAGCGCCAAGCCCCAGCGCCACCAGACAGAAAGAUAAAUAGCAAAGUGGGUUUGCCGGGUUCUGGUACGGGUGUGAAUAAAAAAGAAAGAGAUACGUCACCCUCUGGCCGAGCUAUCGAGGGAUCGAUCCGUAACGAAGAGAUGGACAGGAAGGAUGAGAAAAAUCCAUCGAAGCCUGGAAAGGUAGCUUUAGAUGGGGAAGAGUCAGCUACUCCGCCGCCUACGAGAAAUAUGCCUAUACCACACACAGGCCAGGAGGUGGACCAUCGAGAUACAAAAGUACAGCAUGAGGGGAGUGUGGCUACAAAUUCUUUGGCCGCGCCCACGCGGACGGGAAGUACCAAAACGAACACAAAGACUCCGCCCAAGAUGAUCGCACCUUAUAAUGUAUCGGCUAAGAGAAGGGCAAGCAAUGUGACAAAGGACGAUAGUAAAGAUAUACAGGUUAAAGAUACAACACACACAGGGAGUGAACAGGAUUGCGGACCACCGGUCGAUAAGGCGUACCUCCCGAAGAGACCCACUAACACCGUCGCCUGUAAGUUCGCAAGUCGUUUGAAGAAGGUGGAUUCAUAUAUACAUCCCAAACUUCUUUCUUUGUAUGCGAUUUAG